UGUGGGAGCUGACAAUCUCAGGGAGAAUUUCAUAAAGAAGGGUACCAGAAAACAUCUAAACUUUGAACCUCAAAGAAUAUAUUUCCAGAAUAUAAAUAUGAAUAUUCCACUAAAAAUAUUCAUUUCCUUUAUUUGCUUAAAAGACAUGCAAAAACACUUAACUUUUGUCGUGGAUACACUAUAUAUAUAUAUAAACAAUUAAAUUCCAGGGGAAACUAACAAAGAAAUAAAAAACAGCAAACAAACCAACAAAAAAAAAACAAAAAAAAAACUCAACAGGAAAACGGAACAUUUGUUACUCAACUAGAUGUAUUUCAAAUGAGGUCAUAAGGGACACACUGCUCUUGAUAAUACGACUCCAAGAUACAGAUGUAUUAUUAAGUUAUUAUGAGAAAGUAAAUUUUAUUUUUUAAAUUCAAGCGAGGUCCUCAUUCAUAGAAGUCGUCGUACAAUGAGGAUUUGUUUUGAAAAUCAAAAGUUUUAUGUAUAGUGACAAUACCUUCAGAAACAUUUUUUAACUUCAAACAUAUUUACAGAGCGAACAGACACCUGUGGACUUAGUCAGGGAUUGACAAUUGCCAAAUCAGCAAGUUCGGCUGAUAUAGAGACGGCACUGCACUGACUGUCGCAAAUAUUUGUCUCAGGAUAACAGUCCCGCUCUGCCAAGAGAAUAAACUCAAACAGACAGAGCCGGUUGUCAGGACGAGGACAGCCACAAGUGAAUCUCCAGGCUGAACUGAACUGAGCUUGGCAACAGUUGAGACAAGUAUGACACGAAGGAGCCGGUAAGUCAACCUCGGGUCAAAUGAAAAGUUUGAAAACAGUUAAAAUGAGGAACAACGUCGAUCUUACCAGACACAGAGUGGGCUGUCAGAGGGAGACGGGCUGUGUUCCUCUGACAAGAUAGGAAUGUUUCGUGGUCAACAUGUUUCCACCACGGCCGGGCGUCAACAAGCAGGAAGAGGGUGAGGUAAACAACCAGCGAAGAAGAGCCACCAAGUGUACACUGACACCUGCUGGACAGAUUCCGCGCAAGCUCUAACUUAUGAAAACAUACAGGUAUAACAUAUCCCCCACCCUUUACGCCACCAUAAAGUCCUCAACGAAUUCUUUACUUCACUACUGGAAAUUAAGAUAUAUAUACUGCAAAUAUAUUUAAACAAAACGUAUAGUUAGUAGCGAUAAUUUUCUCAUCAGAAACCUAGUUACACCUGACUGUAUGAAAACCCCUUUUAUAGGAGUUUUUUGGGUGGUGAAGGAAGAGAUGCGCAAUGUCGACAUGUGUUAUCGUUGUGUUACCAUCUGAAGUUUCACUCAGCUGCCCCACCUGUUUUAGACAGUCACUGAAAUGUGAUUCAACGACGGCUCUCACAAGGCACUGCAGAAAUGAGACGUUGAAGUCUAGUCGUGCAGAGCCCCUGGUUUGUUUAGAGAAGGGAGUCACUUGUCAACUAUGAGAUAAACAAGACUCGGCACAGACUGACAGAGCAGCGAGGAAUUCAUCAAGUAAAGAUGGAAAUUUGGGUUGACCCUUCUCUUCAGGAGCUUGAGGAGGUUUUACAUUCAGCUCCCAGAUCCUGUCGCCAUGGAGAUGAAGUGUGGCCGAACCUGUUCCUUGGCGACAUGUUCAUGUCACAUGACAAGCUUGGACUGUGGCAGUUGGGCAUCACGCAUGUGCUCAACGCAUCCCAUGGCAAACUCUGCUGUAAAGGAAGUGAUGACUUUUAUGGUACGACAGUGAAGUACUUUGGAGUUCCAGCCAAUGAUCUCCCAACCUUUGACCUUUCGCUGUUCUUCUACCCUGCCGCUGACUUCAUUCACCAGGCUCUCACCUCAGGAGGAAAGGUGUUGGUGCACUGUGCUGUCGGAGUGAGUCGCUCGGCCGCUUUGGUUCUGGCCUACCUGAUGAUCCAUCAUCACCUCUCGCUUCUUGCUGCUAUUCACUGUGUUCAACACAAACGCUGGAUCUUCCCAAACAGAGGGUUCCUGCGUCAGCUCAUAAAGUUGAACCACGACCGUCAGACAGGAAGUUCAAAUACAAAGCUUCCCAAUGACGUUGAAAUACAGCAAUCCUAAUCCUGCAGUAUUGUAG